GCCGUGGUGAAUGGUUGCGUUUUUUCAACUGCUAUCCUCAGACAUAUAAUGUAAGAUUGUGGUUUACUGCAACAUAAGAAAAUCGAGUGUUCGUUCUUCAACCUAUAAACAGUUCUUAUGAAGUGUGUACCUGUUCCCACAUCAUGCUGGAUAACCUGGAAUCUCGAAUCACGUUCGAAGUACCCACCGAUCUGGACUUCGACAAGUUGAUUCGUGACAACAAUUACACACUCUACUGGCAAAAUCUGCACAGUGAACCGUACCGGCAAAAGGCAAACCCCUCCGGUGAUUCAAUGUUCGGUGAUCGCAAUUCAAGUGAUUUUAAUCUGAUGAGCAGUUUGAAGCAUUUUGCCGGCGAACGAAGUGGUGCAGCUAGUGGCAGCAUCGGAUGGGGUAUAUCGGGCGGUAGUGGCGAUGGGGCUGACGCUGGGGUACCACUUGUGGAUCCCAGCUAUUUGUGGAUAGCGGCUGUGAUGGUGUUGCUGAUCCUGUCCGGGCUGUUUUGCGUGUGUUCCUGCUAUUUGUACUACAAGUAUCGGAAGUGGCAGAAGUGUGUAUCGGUUGCCACCUGCCACACUCUGUCAAAUCUGGACGUUGAGGCGCCACCACCGUACGAUAUCGAAACACUUCCCUCCUACACGAUAGCUUCCGGGUUACCCACCUACGAGGAUGCCGUUCGUCAUCUCGCUUCGCGACAGCAGCCACGCUGUGGAUACGAGCCUGCUCGGAGGCCCACCACCAUUCAUCCUGCUGGUUUGAUGAAAUUCUUCGAGUCCCGUCCGCAGAACUGGCUCAAUGUCACCGUGUUCGAGGAAAUACAGUACAAUUUUGUUGGUCGGGGAAACUCGGCUGAGCAGAUGGAAUCGACACCAAAAGGAAUGACCGUCAACGUCGAUAACAAUAGGCACUGCGCUGUCAAGCCAGCAAACGAUAAUGGUCUGUUCAGGAUUCAAGUGUGUGUGCUGGAAAAUGAGAAAGAUGCCGUGUCGAAUCGAUAAUGUGACUCCGUACGUCCGGCGGAACAGUGACUGUGUUAUUAUGUAUUUAAAUUCUAUUUUAUUCAGAGAUUGAAGACUGUGUGUAUAUUUCCUGUAAAAAAUAUAGUGUAUAUUUUA